AGUAAACGAUGGACGUGCGCUUAUCGUUUCACUUUCAACGUCUGUGUGUGAUUUCUGGUCGAUAUACCGGUCUUGUUAGGCACCGGUAAUGUGAUGAUGUUCCGUGGUAAUUAGGAUUCUUAAGGAUCCGCUGGAAUAUUGUGCGCCUUUUUUCAUUCUAUGCAUCCGAGAAAUUAAUUAAGCGAUUCGCAGAAAAAGUAUUUUUGACGCCUGUCCAUUCUUCCGGUCCGGGAGUUCGCGACACAUUUGACGUCCAAUUGGGAUUGACAUCACGGAUACCAGAAAAAAAAACGUUUUGACAUUCUACCAUUGCACGUGUCAAUGAGUCUUUGUUCAGCUCGUUACAACUGACUAUCUAGCAGACGGAGCCGUCAAUGCGAACGCCUCCCCGACUUGCAGUCGCCGGAGUCUCAGUUGGAAACAAGCAUUUGUGCAACUCUGAUAUCACUCUCAACCGGAAGCCAGUGUCUGCGCAACUCUGAUUGUCGUCUACUAGUCUCAUCCAAGCAUCAGUGCAACCCUUCUUCACUUCCGGCGUGAUGGACGUAUGUCUGGUAGGGCGGUGCCACUCCUCCGGGCCACGCCCCUUCCCCAACCGAGAACACACCAUGCAGAUAAGUUACUCCCCUUUAAUCACCCGGCGCCCGGCGACCUCGUUCGUCAGCCGCCAAGCGUUCUCGCCGGCUCCAAGGAUCCACUCCGCCCAGUCCCGCGUCGCCAUGACAGCGACCCCACGGACGCAGGUCAGUAUGGCUGGCUUCUACGAUUGGUCAACCGAGGAAUUCGAAGAUUCGACCAUGCCUACCUUCUAUCAGAAGAUCGCGGUGAAUCAUAAAGGCAAGAUGAAUAAAGCAAACAAGGCUUGGUGCGCGGACGGCAUUCAUCUAAAUCCGGGAAGAAUGUUCAUACGCGAUAAAGCGAAUUUGACAAAAGGGGAACGAGAAAUCAUAGCAGGAAUUUGUAAAAAUCGAGGUGAUACGAAAACUAACUUUGUUGCGCAUGUGAAAAGUCACAAGGACGCUUGGUUGGUGGGGAGACAGGCUCAACGCGGGAAGCCUGGGCACAACAGUGACAGUGAUAAGUGUUCUAUUAAAAUUCCCGAAAACCUGUUCAGUCGAAUAGAACCACCGGCUGUUCAUAGUGACCGUUCAUAUUUCUGUGAUAAAUGCAAGGAAGAUUGUACAUUAACCGAUCACUGCCGUAGACACAAGUAUGAUGUCAAAAAUGACGUCAUUGGAAGGAAAGCGCCUCCCACGUCACCGGAACUUUCUCCGGCAACUGAACGGAGAAUACCGAAAAAUCCGAAAACUAACGAAGGCGCGGUGUUCGUGGAGUCCGGAAAGACAUUUUAUGAUGUGAACGAAGGUGCGAAGAAGAAAAAGGUUUAUGUUGAUGUGUUUUUACCGAAAUUCCCUACGCAAGGGUUGCAAGAAGAGGCGAUAAGUCUAACGUUGCCGGACAAUGAUAGAGAAAGCGCGAGAUCAUCUAAGAUAAAUAGUAAUUCACAACCCAAAUUGUUCAAAAUCUCCGAACGAUCCCCAGAGCACACGGACGAGGGAUAUUCUAGUCAGGAGCGGUCACCCAGCAACACAAAACAGAUGCCGUACAGGGCACUCUUGUCUCGCUCGUCCGGGAAACCAGAAUCUGGCUGUGAUGAGUGAAGAUUUGCGCUAAACGAUGACUGAUUUACAUUUAGAGUGUCGUGGUGUGAUUAAAUGCCAGAUGUUCACAUCACACAUUUGCCUGUUCAGUUGUGAAAUAUCCUUAGAUUUGGGUUAUGAAUCAACAGCGGGGUCCGUCCGUCCGUCCGUCCGUUCGUCCGUCGUGUCUUGCACGGUGUUAAUAAGCCGUCCAAAAAUCUUAUUAAAAGAGCGUUAAUAAUAGGGUUAUCAGUUCUGCGCUUUGAUCCACGAGAGUCGAAUACGACAUAACGGAUCAAAGCGCAUGACUGAUAACCCUUUUAUCAUUUACAUAACUUAAAAGACACAUUUCAUUAUAAAUGUCGCUUGAAUGACGCACUGUUUUGUUUCAUGGCGUCAUUUUAACAUCGCGCAAUGAUACUUCUGAAAUUGGAUAUGGACAUUAUCGAUGUAUUUUGCGAUAUGUUAUUCGUGUGGAUUUAUGAUUGGUAUUAAGAUAUACAUAUAAAAAUAAAGAUAAAGCCGAUGUAAGUCCGUUGAUCCAGUGUCAUGGGCACAUUUAAGAACUGGUGAUUAAAUCAGAACUUGCCUUCAUUAUUUAUAAUCGGAGAAACGUGCCGAGUAUGUUCAGCUCACUUGCACGAGAAAACAAAAUGUUAAAUAUUUAUACAAUUUUUUAUUGAUGUUUCAAAAUAAAAAAAUACAUCAUCAAAAUAUAUAUUUAUAAUUUUUGAUGUUUUUUUUGUAUUGUUUGACUUUUAAAAAAAACAUAUUUUGCGUUUUUUAUCUCUGGAAACAAUGGUUCAACUACAUAUUUUUGCUGGCUGGUUUCAUGAUGGUGCACUUAAUGAAAACCCUUUAAUGCCAUUUUAUAAUUUAAGACGGGUUAGUACCUUGUGGUGCUUGACUAAAUCAUGUGUAAAAUAAAGUAUCGUCCGUUGGAUGACUUAAAAGGGUAUGUUCCAGCAAAUGGUUCAGUGUACAUGUACUAGUAUUUCAGGUCAUUGCACAUAGUGUUCGUGAUGUUACGGUUGUGAUUUUAAUGACGGACAGAUCUGUUCAAUGAUUUUGACCAUAAUGCAUCACUCUCGCUUUACUAAACAUGUAUUUAGUCAAUCACUCAUUUAUUUAUUUAUUUAUUCAUUUAUUGUUUCAUAAUUCAACAACUUGUGAAGAUCAUUCCGGUUUUAUUUACGUAAUAAAAUGCUUCUUAACGUU